ACUUCUGGGUUGGAGGCGACUGAGGUCGGAUCUCCUUUGCUUGGCUGCUGCUUCUCCAUCACCACUGCUGCACCGCGGUCACUUUGCCUUGUAUAGUUUGGUUCCAUAGUAGGAUACUUGACAGCAAACAUGAACGGAGCAACGGAGUGUUGCACCCUUACCGGUGACAUGAACUCUAAAGUCCACCAUGACAAGCUCCCGACACUGAUGGAAGGUGGGCAGUACAUCCUGGAGGGGGAGGAAGAUGCCGACAGCACGACCCUCCUCUUCUCCAUGUCUGAGGAGAUCGGGGCACUCGCCAACGCCCUCAAGUCUUUCCAGUCGCACAACGUAAACCUGAAGCACAUCGAGUCGCGACCAUCAAGGCGACAGGCCAAGUACGAGUUCAUGGUGGAGUGUGACCACAGCACCGGUGACCUCAACUCCGCCAUCGAGGUGCUCAAGCAGAACACCUCCUACCUCCAGGUCAUUUCCAGGAACCACGAGAACAAAGAUUCCGUUCCGUGGUUCCCCAGAAAAAUGGCAGACCUAGAUCGCUUCGCUAACCAGAUCCUGUCCUACGGCUCUGAGUUGGACGCUGACCACCCUGGCUUCACCGACCCCGUGUACCGCGCCCGCAGGAAGUACUUCGCUGACAUCGCCUACAACUACAAGCAUAACCAGAAGAUCCCAAGAGUGGAGUACACGGAGGAGGAGACGCAGACAUGGGGCACCGUGUUCCGCAACCUGACGCAGCUGUACAAGACCCACGCCUGCAAGGAGCACAUUAACGUGUUCCCGCUGCUCAUCGAGAACUGCGGCUACAGGGAGGACAACAUUCCCCAGCUGCAGGAUGUGUCUGACUUCCUGAAGGACUGCACAGGAUUCACACUGCGACCUGUUGCCGGCCUGCUCUCCUCCCGUGACUUCCUGGCCGGCUUGGCGUUCCGAGUCUUCCAUUCCACGCAGUACAUCCGCCACAGCAGCAAGCCUCUGUACACCCCGGAGCCCGACAUCUGCCACGAGCUACUGGGCCACGCGCCGCUCUUCGCUGAUCCCGCCUUCGCUCAGUUUUCACAGGAGAUCGGCUUGGCUUCCCUCGGCGCCCCUGACGAGUUCAUUGAGAAGCUUGCCACGUGCUACUGGUUCACGGUGGAGUUCGGAAUGUGUCGCCAAAACGGGGAGCUAAAGGCAUACGGUGCUGGGCUGCUGUCAUCCUUCGGAGAACUAGAAUACUGCCUCUCAGACAAACCGGAGAAGCGGCCCUUCGAUCCCAGCAAGACCUGCAUACAGAAAUACCCCAUCACUGAGUACCAGCCUGUCUAUUACGUGUCAGAGAGCUUCGAGGACGCCAAACAGAAGAUGAUACAAUUUGCAUCCACCAUCCCUCGGCCCUUCUCAGUGCGCUACAACCCCUACACGCAGACUGUGGAAAUCCUCGACUCCAAGCCUCAGAUCCAGUCGCUGGUGCGCGAGAUUAACUGUCACAUGCAGGUGUUGACCGACGCCCUGGUGAAGCUAAGUUAAAAAGAGGGAGGGAAGUAGCCAUCAGUCCCUGCAGCUGUGAUAGGCUGACGUAGUGCUUUGUCGUGUAAUUUGAGCCUUGAAUGGCAUUUCAUUUCCUUCCUCUUCCUUCUGUUCUCCUCCGUGUAGCUGUAUACGUUUAUGUCCAUACUAGUAAAUGUAUUGAUGUCAGUAGACUAUGUAGACUGUUGCUUCCUUAUAGCUGUUAUGUCUGCAGCAAAUGUGUUGGUGUAACUCGCACUUGUAGUGUAGUUUGUGUAUUGUCCAUUAGCGUUAAGUACGUGGAUGUUUGUGGGAAUCUGCACCGAUCAUGACAGACACGGGCUGGCUUUCUCCUAAGAAGGAAGGUCCCACAAAGCAUGGAGUAUGUAGCAAGCCAAUCGAUUAGUAUGUAUACGUUUCAUGUCUAAUAUCCAUCUCACUCUCUGUAUGUUAGUCAAGCCUUAAGUGCAAUUAUGUAUUUGUCGUUUAAGAGAUCCAUAUAUUAUAUCUUGAAUGGGACAAAGGGAAGUGCAAUGUACUACUAGUAAUGUGUAAGAAUGAUAGAAAAUAGAUUGUUACAUAAACUACAACUAAUGAUCGUGAAUGUUCGUAUGGAUGGAAUUCAACUCAUUUUUGCAUCUAACUCAUGUUUGUUGCUGUGAUCACGCACUGCACCACACCCAUACAUGCCAGUACCAUACGAGCAUUGCACACCACGUGACUGUAAGAGGAACAAUGAUCCCCCAUAGCUGAAAAUGAUACCUGAUCGUCCAUUACUAUAAUCCUUAUCUACCUUUUCCCUCCUGAGCGCGGGAAAUACGUAGUACAGAGACUCAGAAGGCUGUCAAUAAAACAGUAUAUACAAUUAAAAGUUAUUAUACUUAA